GUCCCUGGCUCUCGACUUUCUUUCCUUAGUUUCUACUAUUCUAGCCCCGUCUUGUCUUGUGCCUUUUUCCAAGGUCCGCGUCGAAUACCUCAAUACCUUUACUCCAUCGGCCGUCCAGACUGCAGAGACUCGAGAGUAUCCACGCCCACAUCCCUCCACGACUCCACGUCCCUUCUUCUUCUUCUCCUCCCCUCUACCUGCAAAACAUCUCUGCGCAAAGCAACACAACACCAACUGCGGUGGUACACCAACGUAUUCGAAUCAUCGCACCAAGCCAGUCCUCGCCCGGCCCUCGUCCUCCUCCAAAAGCUCCCCAAGACACGUCGAAUCAAGCUUGCGACCCCACGAUCCUUUCCAAGCUUCCACCCCCCUCUUCCCCCCCGCGCUUGUCCCGCAAUCACCGCCGCCGAGUCCGCAGUCCGACGCUCAAUCUAGGUCCUUUCCGCCCCGACAUACCAGUACCUCCCCUUGGCGACAAGCCUCGGCAUGCACUACCCAAGGGAAUAACGAUUCUAUGCACCCCCUCUCGGUUCUCAGCCUUGGGAUCUUCGUAGCUGGCUACAUCACCGCUCGAUGGGAUCUGGUCACACGUCUCUAUGAGCUUGCAAUUUUCGCCUGGGACUACGGAGUUAUUGUAUGAUGAUCCUCCCUCCCUCCCUCCUUCGGACCCAGCUGCCUAUGCGCUGCCUCGUUCUCAACCCUAACAUCCAUGUCUAGACACGCGCCGCCAAAGGUUUCGCGCUCUUGACCUUCGUCUACCUCAUCAUAUUCAUCCCCGUGGAACGAUUGGCCACCAAGGAGGCGAACCUGGUACGACAAACCCUUUCGAUCCCCCCGCUGAGACAUGUCUGGUUGCGCAACUGGGAGAAGCAUCUGGCUAAUGACGGACUCGACACAGCACCCCCGAUCCACCGGAGCUGGCGUCUCGGCCAGGGAACAGUUGCGACGGAGAGGCUCCUUCUGAGCGCCGUCCCCCGCGCUGCCCUCGGCUGACAUGCCAGAAAAUGACGGUUUAAUGAGGAUAUUCUGGCCGACGGACAUCCAGCGCUCCGACCUGCCUGGCGUCGUCGUGGGAUGGAGGAACUCGAGCCUGGAUGUCUUCGUCGUAGCCAUUCUCGAUGAUGUCGACGCCGGCCAUGUCGAAUUCGCCCUCAAGAUCGGCACCCUUUUUCGAAACUCUCCUCACCCCGUCAAUAGCAUCUACGAACGAUGUGGCCACAAUGCGAUGCACGUCCUCGGUCUGACGAACCCCAGCGAAGCCGUCGUACUCGAUCCCUCCCUCUUCAUCGCGACCACACCAGCCGGCGCAAAGUCGCCCCGAAUCGCGUGCGCAAAGGCCCUCAGCAUACAGAUCAUACUCUACGACCGACCGCGCCCCAGCAGAAUGCAGUACAUCUCGCUGAACCCCAUCUCGCUCGCGCUUGGGAACAAAGAGGCCCCGGGCCUACCGCCGACAGAACACAUGGCUGAAGAAGAGAGGCAGGAGCUGAAGGUGAAGGAGGAAAAGAGAAAACUGGUGGAAAAGCUGAAACAACACACCAUCAUCAAGCGGUCUCCGUCGCCAAAGGAGAGAGCCCUGCCAAAGAUUGUGAACCAAAUCAACUGGUCAUGGGAGCUUGAGCAGCUGUUGCAGAAGAACAUCUCCCGGAUCGGCACACGACCCAAGCGAUCUCUCAGCGUCUCGGAGCGAGUGGUGGAGCAUGCGACAUCGAUGCGGAAUUUCGUCUGGGACCUCCUGAUCUUCUACCUGCUUCCACUGAUACAGUGGGGGUUUGUGUACAUGCUCAUGGGUCACAGGGCGGUCGCCGAGUUGCUUCUUCAGAUCUUGGAAUUCCGAUUGAGGGAUGACUACCUAGCUUUGAAGGACAUAUCGGCAACGGCGCAACAAGUAGAGAUUCGAUUGCAGCAGUUUUGCUAUUGGCCCAUGCAGUACACCACUUUGCGACAGCGCAAGAAUGAUUGGGAGAGCGUCACGACCAGUCACCCUGACUACAUACGGUUUUACAACAGCCUAUGGCUCGUCGCCAACGAUGUCAUCAUUGGUAUUGCGUUGGGCUCCUACAUCAUUGAUAACGCGGAGUGGGCCGCCAAUGCAAUCAGCGAGCUUCUGAGGGUGUACACGGUCGAGGCGCUCCAAAGAAGUAUAUCGUGGCUAAUGGGAUGGCCUGCGGGGUUGAAGCUGAAUAGCGAGCUGGCUCUCUUCCUCGGAGACCUUUUCCUCUGGGUCAUUGAUUACUGGUCAAACUGUAUCGCGACGCUUCAGCCGUUAUUGCCUCACAUUAUCUGGUUCAUUGGCUUUUCCAGCUUCGCCGGAGCCAGCAUGCCCAUUGCCAUGUUCUCCGACUUGCUUUCCAGUUUGACCGUCCACAUAUACUCCUUUUAUCUGGCCUCUGCCCGGAUCUACCAUUGGCAGCUCACAAUACUCAUCUCGCUCUUUCACCUGUUCCGGGGCAAGAAGCACAAUGUCCUCCGCAACCGUAUCGACUCGUGCGACUACGACCUGGACCAGCUUCUCGUGGGCACCAUCCUCUUCACCUUACUCUUCUUCCUCCUCCCGACCGUGGUGGUGUUCUACUUGAACUUCGCCGUCGCACGAAUGGUCAUCAUUUCGCUAAAGGCUGUUUUUGAUACACUUCUCUCUUGUCUAAAUCACUUUCCCCUUUUUGCGCUGAUGUUGCGGGUCAAAGACCCGAGACGACUACCAGGCGGCAUCCGUUUUGAACUUCGAGAUACCCUUGACUAUAGACUUAAUAAUACUUCCAACGAGCCACCGACAUCCGUCAUCUACCUCAAGUCCAUCCCCCUGACCUUCCGCGCCAUGUUCCACCAGUACUUCCAGAUGGGCAACCGCAUCCGCAAGCACUACCUCUCGCCCACGGUCGUGCUCUGCCUGGUGACGGGCAAGUUCGUCCCGCCGCUCAACCGCAAGAACCUGUACAGCCUGCAGUACAGCAUGCUCCCCGCGCGCCGCGCGAGCUUCCGCCAGAUGUGGGACGCCAUCACGACGGUCAUUACCAUUGUCCGCGUACCCGACCCCGUCCCUGCUCCACCCGAUCUCGCGAGGCUUCAACCGCCGUGGGUGAAGAUGAGGCGCCGAUGGUGGCCUCGGCUGGGACUGAAGGGGGAUAUAGGUACACUCUCAUGGUUGGGAGGCGGAGGUAGGAGGUAA